AUGCCCUUUUCCAGUUUAAACCAAAAUCUUGUAGAAGUAUGGCAACGUUAUCAACAUCCUCUGGUGCGUCAGCUGGCAUUCGCUGUCGGCAGUCCGAAUAUCUUGUCCGGUAUUCCGGAUAAACUUGAGCUUAUGCAUCACUUUGAACUGCAUGACAGCCAGACCUGGCAGCACUAUCUCAGCCGUUACCAUCCACGUUUAGAAUUUCUUGAUCAGCAUCCAGAAGAAUUAAUCGAAUUUGUGCAGCAACUGAAAAGUACACGACAGAUUGAACAUUGGGAAGUGGCAUUAAAAUAUUAUCUGGCCGAAGCAGAUUUUAGCCUGCCACAUUGGUAUGGCCUGAACCGUACCGAUACUCUGAUCAGAAAAAUGAAACAUUUCACACAAAAACAAUUCCAGUUUGAUGAGGCUUUGCAGUAUUCCAUUCAAAGACGAUAUUGCGUCCUGAAAGGACAGUUAUAUCUGCCUACACAUCGUGCUGACCAGCCGAUUCCUGCGUGGAUCAAUACCGAACGUCGUCUGGGUUUAUGGGGACAGUAUAUUCCUGCAGCCCGGCACGGUUUCUACCGUCUGCAACGACAUGAAUGGAUUUAUCCGCAAGCCCAGCCAAGGCCGAGAAAAUUAUCGACUGUUGAAAACUGCAUGAGCUCUUCCGCUACCCUCGAUUUAAGUCUGCAACUAUUACGCCAGCCUUCCGUUACCCCUAUCGAUCAUGACUGCCAAAAUAUUAUGGCUGAACGUCUAGAGAAGGUUGGUUUCAAUAUUGAAUCCAUGCGUUUUGAAGAUGUAGAUAACAUCUGGGCACGCAAAGGUACAGAAGGCCCGGUAUUCUGUUUUGCUGGCCAUACCGAUGUCGUUCCAACAGGGAAUCUUGAUGCCUGGAACUCAGAUCCAUUUUUACCUGAGAUCCGUGAUGGCAAGCUUUAUGGUCGUGGCAGUGCCGACAUGAAGACCGCUUUGGCAGCUAUGGUGGUUGCAACAGAACGUUUUGUAGAAAAACAUCCAGACCAUAAAGGCUCGAUUGCCUACCUGAUCACUUCAGAUGAAGAAGGCAAACAGGGUCAUGUGGCCUAUCCCCAUCUGGCGGUAAAUCCGAUUCAUACUGCCUCUAAAGCGAUUGCCGAGUUAUGUGACACAGUCUGGGAUCAUGGCAAUGAAUAUUUCCCGGCAACCUCUUUCCAGAUUUCCAAUAUCAAUGCAGGCAUCAAUAAAUCCGGUCGAAACCGUAAUCAGAUGCUGAAGUUCCUGCUGGCUAAUCUGAUCAGCCACAAUCAGUUGUUGAAUAUUGGCCAGCAGUUCCGCUUCCUGGAACGGUUUACCCAUAUAGUGCGUUACGCCCAGGCUAAAUGCACGUUCACGAUGUUUCUCACCGGUACGUGAGG